UCAAAGUAAUGAAAUACUGUUUCAAUUAUUUGUAGUAUUUUAAUAGAUUGUACCAUAAUUGAUUUUCACGCUCAGUCUCACUCUUACAAAACAAAUUUAAAUGUGCUACCGAUCUGUUUUCACUUAAGUGUUGUAUCAGCUGGAAAAUGGCGGCCUUGUACUAGGCUGCCACCGGCAUUCAAACAUAAGUUUACACAAGAUUUUGCACGCGUGCUUUGCAAUUGUCGACAAAUCUCUUAAGUCUUUCGUCGGAAAGCAAGAGAGACGGAGUCUGAGGUUGUCUUCACUCUGACUGAUUUUUCUGAAUGACUGGCCAAAAUGGCAAGUAAAGAUGAUAAAGCUGGGGAAGCAGCAAUGGCGACGACAUCCUCUGAAGAAAAAGCCCCAGCAUCUGGAAGCAAACGUAAAGCCCGUCAGAUAGAGGUAGAGCCACGCACCCCGCUCAAACGUCAGCGAGUUCCUGUGUCGAGGUUCCAGUCACCCCUGGAGGAGCUUGAGCCCCGUUUCAAGCCAGAGAAAGAGGACAAAAAGAAAGACGAUGUGGUCACCUUAUACAAGAAAAACACUUUCUUGGCUGUCCGUGGUGCCGAAGGUUCCUUCUACCUGUGUCGCACAGCCCAGAACAUCUACAGCACCACCAAGAGACUGCGCAUCCAGUGGCUGAGCCUGGAGAAGAGCCCGGACCUCUACAAGUUUGACUAUGUGGACAGCACAGAGCUGGAGACGGUCCUCACAGAGAUCACCAUGGACAAAGUGUCCAAGACCAGCUACAAGCUCCCCGCCAGUGAGCAGAAGAGAGCCGAGAAGAUCCUGGACCGGGCAAUUAGGGUGGAGCAGGGGAUGGCCACCGCUGAUGAGGUGGAGGAGGAGGCUCUGGAGGAGAUAGAGGAGGAGGAGGAGGAGGAGGAGCCCAGUGAUGAGGAAGAUGAUGAACCACCCAAGAAGCAAGGUCGCAGUGCGAGGAAGACCCCAAACAAAGGUGGUAGAAGUAAAGCAUCAACCCCCGCCAGUAAAAAGAAAGAAAAGGAGGCAGCAAAGCGACAGAAAGCGAAGGAAAAAGCGAAAGCGAGCAAGCAGAAAGAUAAAAAGGAAAGGAAGAAAGGCCCAGAUAGAAAUUUGAAGCCUAAUGGAAAAAUUAGAAUAUUGGAGAAAGAUCCAUUUUUUGAGACUAAAGACAAAGUGCCUAAGAUCUCGCCUCAAGUGACCACUAAGCUGAUCUUCCGGGCGGUCAACAUGGGUGACGUGGAUGCCCUCAAGGACUUGCUUAACAGGACGGAGGGAGUCUGCCCCUUUGAGAUAUUGCGCUCGGUGGACAACGAGGAAAAUGCCCUCCAAGUGGCCGGUGAACUGGGACGCAAGGAGAUGGUUGGUCUGCUCACCGACGAGUUCUUCAAUCGCAAACUGGCACAGCAGAGGAAGCGGAAACACCCACCGGCUCCCGUCAUCUCCAGCAUGAGCACCGGAGAGUACAAUCCAGUGUACUUGGGCAUCCAGAAUAUCCGGGCCUUGAAGGUCAGCAGAGGCAACAAAGAGGGGAAUGAAGCGUUUUUGAAGGAUCGUGGCGGCAGUUACUGCAAUGCGUCUGAUGUGGUGAAGCAGUGGAUGUCUCAAGGUGUGUCUGUGGACGUGAUGGAGAGCUUCUUCCUGGCCUACUCCGUGGCUGAAGAGACCACCAGGGAUGAGGAGCUGUACAUGGCCAUCGACGAGAUCAACACAGCGGUGAAGAGAGGCCAUCGUCGUCUGGCUGCCAAGUACGUGGCUGAGGCCGAGAGGUUGUCGGGAUACGGCUUCAACUUUCUGCACAAAGAGGUGCUGAACUUUGAAAAGGAGGAUCUGAGGGACAUUAUUCUGGCUGCCUCCGUACGCAAAAAACCAUUCUCCAAUGACGCUGUGACCCCCCUCCACUGCGCAGCCAUCAACCCAAACGUGAAGUACCUGCGUCGGCUGCUGUCCAUAGAACCAGACAUCAACAUACAGACACGCAGUCGUGCCCGGCCCAUCCACUACGCCGCUGUCUGUGAGGGGACUGGACCUCUCGACUUUUUACUGGAAAGACAUGCCAGCCCGAGUGAGGCGGACUCCAGCGGAGAACUCCCCAUCCACUGGGCCGCCCGCAGUGGACGACACAAGAACAUCGAUGUUUUAAUCAAACAUGCCAAGUCUGAUGCAAUGGGUGGAGUUGUCAACGAGAAGUGGGGUGUGGGCAACGUCAACCGGCCCAACAGGUUCUCCGAGUGUCCACUGCACAUAGCCGUACAGGCUGGACAUCUGGAUACGGUGCGCACGCUGAUUAAGCAUGGAGCAGACGUGAACAAACAGCUGUCGGCUGGCAAGGGCAAGGUCACGCCACUCAUGCUGGCCUCGCAGGCCGGCUCUCUCAACAUGGCGCGUGUGUUGGUACAGAGUGGUGCCGCUGUCGAGAUUGUGGCUUCAUCAUCUGGCAGCAAACAAUAUCAAGCUCAAGGGAGAACACUGGAACCCACAGGUGGACUUGGAGGCCAUGAAGAUCACAGUCAAGAUGGCGGAGGUUCUCAUCGGCGCGGGCUGCGACCCGAGGCUGCGCACCAACGACGGGAAGACUCCCAUCAUGCUGGCGAUAGAGCAGGUGAAUGUGGAGCUGGUGGAGUACCUGGUACAGCAGGGUGGCACGGUGUCUUCGGACAAGAACACUGAUGAGAAGACUGUUCUUCACCUGAUGGCUGAGCAGUGUUGUGCCACCGACCUCACCCCCAUGCUCAAGAUCCUGGCUGAGCCGCCCAGGACCGUGGUCGCUGAACAGAGCAAGGUGGCAGCACCAUCAGGGCCGAAGGAGAAUGGCAAAGUCAACGCCCAGCCCCUGGAGCAGAAGGAGGCGGAGCCUAUGGAGGUGGACACGCCCACUGGGACGGAGAAACCGGCACCAGCCGCAGACGGAGAAGCUGAAGCAAAAGCUGUGGCUGCCAACAGCAUUAACGGGGAGGGCAAUGAGGCUGUGAAGGAGGACAAAGGAGAGAAGCAGCCGGACGCCUCCGGAGACGCCCCAGCUGCAGCAGGCACUGCCGGGACAGCUGAGAACAGCGGGGACAAGAAGCCAGCUGCUGAGACGCCCACAUCAACAGCCGCACCCCCCGCUGCACCCACACCCACCACCGCUAGCGCCCCCUCACAGGAAGAGACACUGCGUAAAAUGGCCAAGGACCGAGACUUCCUGGGCUUCACCCCGCUCCUGCGCGCAUGUCAGGUGUACAGCACCUUCAAUCCUAACCAGCGUGGAGCCAGGGACAGUUUCAAGGCCCAGAAUGCCCUGAACUUCAUCCAGGCCCUAGUGGAACUGACAGGAUCCGACGUGAACGCAACAGUUGGACCCAAGAACAUGCCGGAGGAACCCGAGCUGCACUACGCUCCCGAAGGGAAAAACUCGGCCCUCCACUUCAUGAUCAACCCAGCGUGUGAGACUGAGAAGGCCAGCAUGGGUUCAGGUCUUCGUUUGCUGCUUCGCUUCAAGCCUGACACUAACCAGAGGGACCAAAAGGGGAAGACACCACUCAUACUGGCUGUGGAGACAGAGAAAGAGUCUAUUGUCAAGGCUCUGCUGGAGGCAGGUGCUGACCCCAACGUUGCCAUGGCGAUUGGACAGGCCCAGGUGUCGGUGCUGCUCCUAGCUGCACAGCGAAAUUCUCUGGGGAUCAUGAAGCUACUGAUUGAUUUCAAGGCAGACGUGAAGAGCUGUCACUCUGAGACUUUACAGACGCCGGUCCAUAGCAUGGUCAUGAACAGAGUGAGGGAGGAUGAAACCAUCGCCAUGAUCCAAACACUCCUCCAGGCGGGGGCGGACCUGAACGCCGUAGACCGCGAGGGGGACACGCCCCUCCACAUAGCCGUGCGCAGCAACAAGGGACACUCGGACGCCUCCACCAGCCUGGAGGAGUUCCUGCUGGACAGAGGGGCUGACGUGUUUGCCAAGAACAAGAGUCUGCUCAUGCCUCUGCACAUCGCGCUGGACAAGUCCCAAGUGGACCCGAUCGAGCUGUGCAGCUUGUUGACCAGCUUCAUGCGUGACCAGCGUGUGGACGAGCCCACACAGAGAGGGUUCACUCCCCUGCUCUACGCCGCCUGCUCCGGCGCCACCAUCUGCUGUAUGCAUCUUCUGCAGAGAAAUGCCAACAUUGAGGCGAAGGAGUUCCGAGGAAACACUCCCAUCAACCUGGCAGUCCACCUGGGCCACGACAGCUGUGCCAUCAUGUUGAUGCAGCGGCACGCCAGUCUGUCCCACCCCAUCGUGGUGAGCCUCCCGGAGAAGCUGGAGGAGAAGAAGAACCAGGCGGAGGAGGAAAAGAAGAGGAAGAGACCGGUCAUGCUGUGGCGCCCUCGCAAACAGUGGGAGUGUGCGCGCCCCAAGGAAUGGCCAGGGGAGACCAUGACCUUGUUUGAGGGAGCGGUCAAGAAUGACCUGACUGGGGUGGCACACAUGUUGCUGGAUGCUCUGGGCAUGCCCAUGGAAGCUGUGGAGGCGGCGCUGAACCUGAGCAAGUUCAACCUGGCUCUGCGUCUGCUGCGUCGUAUCCCAGACGUGAGUCGUCUCCACGCCCUCAACAAGGAUGGGCAGAACCUCUUCCACGUGCUGGCCCUCAAGACCAACCGAAACUCUCCUGACCUGCAGACCAAGGUGGCGGGCGCCCUGUUGGAGAAGCGUCUGCCGCUGGGAGAGAAGGAUGGGCGAGGCCUGACCCCCCUCAUGUACGCCGUGCUCAAACACCAGUCUGUGGCUCUGGGGAAAUUCCUCAUACAGAACGACCUUCAGUACAACCCGAAAGUGCGAGACAACCUGGACCGAGACAUCAUGGCAGCCUUCAUGUGGGACUACAGCUGGGUGUCUGACAAAUUCAAGACGGAGGAAGUCCGAGAGUGGCUGGAGGUACUGACCACCAGAGGGAGAGUCUCACUGGACACCCUGUACGACCACCCCCUCCCCGACCCCCUCCUGCUGGGAGCCAGUGUGGACCUCCGACAGCCCGACUACUUUGAGACCCGCGGUGGCCACCGCACCACCCCCUUGAUCUUCGCCAUUCGCAAUUACGACUUUGGCCUAGCCAAGUUCAUGUUACAGAAAGGAGCCAGCCCAAAUUUCCCUGACAGUCACGGCCUCACCCCGAUGAUACACGCCGUACAGAUGAAUGACGUGAAGAUGGUGAAGCUGCUGUUGAACUACGACUAUGACUUAGACUCGGACUCCACACUUACCUCAGACCAAGCCAACCUCAAGCCUCAGCUUUCCAAGGAACAGUCUAGACAGGUGCUCAACAUCAACUUUGCCACGUCCAGGGAGAAAAAUCCGGACGACCUUCUGGAUGAAGAGGUGGAGCCUGCGGAGGACGACGCAGUGUCACUGUCGAAACACACUGAGGAGAAUGAGGACUCAGUCGAUCUCAACGACGGAGAAGAUUGUGCGCCACACGGCCAAGAACCUGUUUGUCCUGUUUACCCGUUGGGGCCGCAUCGGCAGCCGGGGCCAGUACCAGCACACACCCUUCCAGAGCCUGGCCGAGGCAGCCAAAGAGUUCUGUAAGAUCUACAAGUCCAAGACAGCCAACGACUGGUACCAGACCACCAAGUUCCAGAACCAUCCCAAGAAGUACCGGCUGAUGCCCCGCGUGGAGAAGCAGCGCCUGAAGCAUCACAAGGUGGAGCUGAGUCUGGACACAUCGCUGGCCAGCGGGCUGCCCGAGGCUGUGCUUGACCUGGUCACUGAGAUUAGCAACGUAAGCAUGUUCGAGGCCUCCAUCAACAAAGUGGGUCUGGACACGGAGCUCAUGCCCUUUGGCCGGAUGAACCGCGAGACACUGCUGGAGGCUCGCAGAGUGCUCACUGACAUCAGCGAGCUCAUUGACAAAGCCACCAAACUGAGGAACAACUUGACAACACAGUUGCAUGCCGAGUACCAGGCCAUUUGUGAAGAGGGUCGAGCCUGUCCCUGGGCCAGGUGCAGCAGAUGGUGUACCACCCGCCGGCGUCCAUACAACACAACGAGUACAUUGUCCACAACGCUGACCAGGUGGCCAUACGCUAUCUGGUCAUGUACAACGGAUAGGCUUCCUCACUCACUCCCUCACUCACUCAUGCUUCAGCAUUUCAUUGAGGCUUUUCAAAAUGUUUGUUUGUCACGGGUUAUUUUGUUUUGUUUUGGGAAAAAGCGCGUGUCCCCGAAACCCCGCUCCUCCCUCCGUGAGGUUAUUAGAGGGUUUUUUUGGUGGGUUGUUUUGUUUGUUUUUCUAAACAAAAGCUCAUAUAUAUGGCUGCUGGUUGUGGGAAUUUUAAACAG